AUUAAUUGGCAAGAUGAGAUAUAGUGCUAGACUCCUGGCACCCAGAGUUGAGCUUAUCCAUAUCUCGCAUUGAGCUUUGAUGAGGAACCUCUGCAAAUUUCGCUACAUGUCAAUAUGAGCACCUUCGGGCAGAUCCUAAAGGAAGUUGGGGAGUUGGGUUUGUUUCAGAAGCGGUUAGUGGCUUUAUUAUGCAUCCCCAGCAUAUUUGCUGCUUUUAACAUGUUUGGUCAGGUGUUUGCAGGAAUGAGCUUUCCACAUCACUGUAACACUGACUGGAUCUUGGAGCGUGGGCCCAACCUGACAGUUGAGAGAAGAAGAAAUCUCACCAUCCCAGUCAACAAGGAUGGAAGAUUUGAAAGCUGUAAAAUGUUCACACCUGUGGAUUUGGAUUUGGAAACCAUUGAAGAGGAUGGGAUUAACACUACAACUGGAUGUAUAGAUGGAUGGGACUAUGAGACACCCAUAGGUGCUUCAAGCAUCAUGUCAGAGUUUGAUCUAGUUUGUGACCAGAAGGGUUUGAUUGAGGCGUCACUGUCCAUCUAUAUGGCAGGUUUUCUGGUUGGAGGUUUGGCGUAUGGGGCAAUUUCUGACAGAUUUGGACGACGCUUUGCAAUCCUACUCUGCCUCUCUCUCGUACUGUUGUUAGAUCUGGCUACUGCUCUCUCGCCAAACAUCUAUGUUUACAUGGUCUUGAAAUUUUUCUGUGGGAGUUCAGGAGGUGUCAUUAUGAUGAACACAACUGUGAUGGGGGUGGAGUGGACCAGUCCCUCCAAGUCUGCUGUUUGUACAAUGGCAAUCCUGCUUUUCAUCCCUGUUGGACUGAUGGUGUUACCUGGUGUUGCCUAUUUCAUCUCCAACUGGAGGAUCCUGCAGCUGGUGCUCUUUAGCCCUCUUCUCGUAAUUGUGGGAAUACUCUACUGGUUUCUCCCGGAGUCAGCUCGCUGGCUGAUGACCCACGGCAGGAAGGAGGAGGCGCUAAAGGAGCUCCGAAGGGCAGCCAGAGUGAAUGGGAGGACAGUACCUGAAGGUUUGCUGGAAAAGGUAGAGAUGGAGGUUCCCUGCAGAAGAGAGAACAUGUUGGACAUCUUCAGAGUAUCGUACUUGAGAAAACGUACUCUGCUCAUGGGCUUUAACUGGUUUUCAACAAGUCUUCUGUAUUUUGGAAUGAGCCUGAAUGUUGGCAGUUUCGGCCUGAAUAUCUACCUCACACAGUUCAUCUUUGGUGCUGUGGAAAUUCCUGCACAGCUCAGCACUUUGUUUCUAAUUCAACGUUUUGGAAGGAGAAUCAGUCAGGCAGGCUUUCUGCUUUUCGGGGGUGCUGCUUUUCUCUUGGUCCUUGCUAUCCCAAAAGAUCUUCCUGAGGUGGUGACAGCCAUAGCUGUACUGGGGAAAUAUUUCGCCACUGCGUCCUUAUGCACAGCCUAUGUUUAUACUGCAGAACUGUACCCUACCAGUUUAAGGCAGAAUGGUUUAGGUCUUAACUUCAUGUGUGCUCGUGUGGGGGGCAUCCUUGCUCCACUAAUCAGGCUCCUGAGCGUCUACCAUCACACCAUCCCCAUGCUGAUAUACGGCAGCGUCCCCAUUGCUACGUCAGGUUUCUGUUUGCUACUGCCUGAAACCCUCAAUGUUGAACUGCAGGACCACGCUGAACUCAAAAAACCAAAGACUGGGCCUACAGGGGACUAUACUAUAUGUGCAAAACAAAAAGAGGAGCAGGAGGUCUCCUCUCCUUCAGGAGAUGUCUAAUUGCCAAAUAACAUUUUUUUUUAAAAAUGAACCUGAUGCUGUGGCAUGAGAUCUCUCCAAUCUCAUCCAUAGGGCCGAUCACUCAUCAUCACUCAUCACUCAUCACUUAUUCUCACUUUUUUCUUACUACAUAUUUGGGAACCUCCUCUGGUUGUCUAGCCAUAUGCCGUAAUAGUAGGUAUUUGUUGUCUGUUUGUACCUUUUAUUUAAAUUUAAUUUUUAUAUUACUUCCUUUCUUCCCCUUUAUUUUGUUCUUGUCUGUAUUAUGAAGCACCUUCCACAGUGUAAUGUCUAAAGUGCUAAAUAAGUAAAGUUAAACUGAGUAAAGUUGCAUUUGUUUGAACUGUGA